AGGGGCUGUGUACAAAACAAUACUUUUCUUAUUUCUAUCUUCCUUCCUUCCAGGCAUCAGCGAGGGUCUGUUCGCAUUUUCUUUAUUCAAAUAAAUAAAUAAACAAAAUAAAAACAAAUAGCAAUUUACAGAAUCUUCUCUUUUCUUUUCAAAGAUUUGAUUUUGAGCUUCCUAAUCUUGUCAUCUAAAUUCCCUUCUAAAUCUAUAUUUUAUUUCUACUUCAUGCACGCUCACCAUCACUCUCUGCCUUCUAUAAGAAAUCAAUUCCUCGAGAUUUAAAAUCCCCCGGAAUCUUCGCUGCGAGUUAACCAAAGCAAAGAGAGGAUUUUUUUUUUUUUAAAAAAAAAGGGAAAUUCAAAUCUCAAUCUGCUAAAUCUCUUGUUUGGCUAAUUACUAACAUUAAGCAUCCGUUGACUGUGAAGCUUGUAAAGUCGUUAACUUUACAGUUACGAAAUUCAGUUGUUUGGUAUGAGUGGAGAUGGUAUUCAAAUCCAAGAUAAAAUGGAUAGCUUUGUUAUUACUGAUACUAUCCACAGGAUCUCUUGUUAUUCACCUCUCUAUAACCAAGUUUUCUGGUUCCAGUCUGAUUACUUAUGCUCCAAAGGACUCCGGUAUCAAUUUCCCUCCUUUAGCAGACACGCAAAGUGUUCGAUAUAUUAGAAAUAAGAGGUUAUGGGGGGUUGUGAAGCCUUUACAGUCAUUACAGCCUUAUGCCAAUCCAAGAAGCAACUAUCCAGUUGCAAAUGAAAAGAACAAUGGUUAUAUUUAUGCGAAAAUUUUUGGUGGAUUUGAGAAGAUAAGAUCUUCGAUCUGUGAUCUUGUCACCAUAUCCAGGCUUCUAAAUGCUACUCUUGUCAUUCCAGAAAUUCAAGAAAGUCUUCGGUCAAAAGGCAUUAGUAACAAAUUCAAGAGUUUUUCCUAUCUCUAUGAUGAGGAGCAGUUCAUUGCUUCACUUAAAAAGGAUGUAAUCAUUGUGAAGAGCCUACCUGAAAAUUUGAAGGCAGCUAGGAAAAGGAAUGAGUUCCCAACAUUUAAGCCCAAAAGUUCUUCUUCUCCAAAUUUUUAUAUUAAAGAAAUAUUGCCUAAGUUAAAGAAAGCCAAGGUUAUUGGCCUAGUGCUUGCUGAUGGAGGAUGCUUGCAGUCAAUCCUUCCACCUAGCAUGUAUGAGCUUCAGAGGCUUAGAUGCCGAGUUGCAUUUCAUGCUCUCCAAUUUCGCCCAGAAAUUCAGGUGCUUGGACAUCAGAUUGUUGAGAGGUUAAGACUGCGGGGCCAACCUUUCCUUGCAUUUCACCCUGGUUUGGUGAGGGACACAUUGGCCUAUCAUGGCUGUGCGGAACUUUUCCAGGAUGUUCACACUGAACUCAUUCAAUAUCGAAGGGCUCAGAUGAUCAAGCGAGGGAUUCUUAAUGAAGAGCUUAGUGUAGAUUCUCAAUUACGUAGGGAAAAUGGGUCGUGCCCUCUCAUGCCAGAAGAGGUUGGACUUCUUCUCCGAGCACUGGGCUAUUCUUCCAAAACAACAAUAUAUGUGGCAGGUUCCGAAACUUUUGGUGGUCAGCGUGUUCUGAUCCCUCUCCGUGCCUUGUUUGCCAAUGCUGUAGAUCGCACAUCAAUAUGCAGCAAGGAUGAGUUGGCUGAAUUGUUUGGUCCUGAGGCACUUCUUCCUGAAGAUUCUUUUCAAAUUCCUCCUCCCAAAAGUGAUAAACAACUUAAAGAAGAGUGGAAGAGGGCAGGUCCUCGGCCUCGGCCUCUUCCUCCACCUCCAGAUAGACCCAUCUAUCGACAUGAAAAGGAAGGCUGGUACGGUUGGAUAACUCAGACUGAUGCUGAACCAGACCCUUCACCAAUGGAUUUUAGGAGGCAAGCACACAGGUUACUAUGGGAUGCUCUUGAUUACAUCGUCUCUGUGGAAGCAGAUGCAUUCUUUCCUGGUUUUAAUGACGCUGGAAGUGGGUGGCCAGAUUUCUCAGGCCUGGUCAUGGGACAGCGAUUAUAUGAAAGUGCUGCUUCUAGAACAUAUCGACCAGACAGGGAAGUUGUUGAAAAAUUUUUCAACACUAUCCGUGACAGUAUGUAUCAUCCCAGACAUAAUUGGACACUUUCAGUGAGGGAACAUCUAAACAAAAGUUUGGGUGUAGAUGGCCUGAUUAGGCAAUCUCUUUUGUCAAAACCAAAUUCAUUUCUAUCACAUCCGCUCCCUGAAUGCUCUUGUAGAAUUUCAUCUACUGAGUUUCAGACUCCGCUAAAAGGUAAGGAUGGUCAAUAUCUAUAUGGAGGUGAAGAUGAAUGCCCAGAAUGGAUACAACGUGGACAGGAAGCUUUUCCAUUGGAUUCAACAGACGCAGAAGAGGUUAAAAAUGGUGAUAAUGACUCUGACUAUGGGAAUGAUGUGGUUCAACAAGAAUCUGAUGACAGAGGUGGUAAGAGUAGUUUUACUCUACCUAUGGAUCAGGAUGAUGAAUGGGACCCUAAUGACUAGAGUUGGAUGUGAGAAUGAUAAUGGAAAAUUGGUAGUCACUUUACUGGCAAUAUUUUUGAGAAUGGAAAAUUCCGGGGAGAUGUCUGAGAAGAGGUGACAUUUGGAGAGAAUUUUUUGCAUAACAGCUCCAACUUAUUUUUUUGAGGAAAAUAAAUCCAGAUUUUUUCUUUCUAAUAGAUUCAAGGACUCAUUUAAGUUACAGAAAAACAAAAACAUCAGUAUACCUUCAUACAACAGAUUUUUUCAACAGCACAGCAGCGAAAAUGAUUGAUGCGGUUUGGACCAGCUGAUUGCAGCCUGUAACUGAAACGGGUGUAACAUUAUUGAAGAUGUUUUAUCAUGGAAAAGGGGGAAUGCAGGAAAUGUUGUAUCAUGCAGCUAGCAGUCAGUUGAGCUUGAUCAUUUGAGAUGAUUUGUUUCUGUUCUUCAUAAACCUGCAUUUGCUACUGAGAGUGUAAAGUUAUUUGGAGAGGAAAUCAAUUAAUGGAAGAGUUUUUCAUUAAUAUAAUUAUUAUAAUACCCUUUCACUGUU